AUGAGCUUCCAACGCAGGUUGCCGGAGCCCCGUGUUUGCCAUUGGCUGCAGUGCUCUGGUUCGUGUGCAGCUUCCCCCAUCUGGAAUAUGAAAAUGGGACUGAAGUAGAUAAUUGCUAGCAGCGGGUUUUCAAGAGAGGCUUAGAGGGAACAGAAUGCCUCUCACACAGCAGCGCAGGCUGCCUGCGCUGAGAGAGCUCUGAGAGACGAUUUUAGAUGUUACCCACGUCCGAAUCUCCUGGAAACUUUGCCAUGGAAGCAAGCCACUGCACACAGUCCUGGAGCUAACAUCCACAAGGGGCAAGGAAGGGGCAGCAGGGCCAAACAAUGGGAUACCUUGUCCUUGGAUUGCUCACAGAAAAGCCAGCAGACACUCCCCUCUGCCCUCCAGCAAAAAGGGCAUGAAGGUGGCGAUGAACUGAAUUUCACCUGGUGAAGCUUCAGUGGCUUUUCGGAAGGAUGGGAUACACUGACCCUUCAUCAAGCCGGGAUCUGCUGGGAAACAGAACUUUGUUCUUCAUCUUCAUCUGCGCCUUUGCCGUGGUCACCUUGCUGCAGCAGAUCCUCUACGGGAGAAACUAUCUCAAGAGAGGGCUGCAGUUUAGCUGGCAGAAUGGAGAGGAGUUGGCAAAUUGGACCGGCACCUUUAAUUUCACGGAUGACGGAGCAGUGAAGAGUGGCAGUGACACAGGCACCAGGUAUUUUGAGUUUUAUGAAGGGCCUUUGGAGUACAACUCUACGAAAUGCCUGGAAUUAAGGCAGGACAUCAUUGAGGUGAAGGUCUUGUCUAUGGUGAAACAAACUGAAUUGUUUGACAGAUGGAAGAGCCUACAGAUGUGCAAAUGGGAGAUGAAUGUCACAGAAGCCAAUUUAUUCAAGUCUACUCUGUCAAGGUGUUGCAAUGCCCCAUCCUUUCUGUUCACCACCCAGAAAAAUACUCCCUUGGGAACUAAACUGAAAUAUGAAGUGGACACAAGUGGAAUCUUUCAUAUCAACCAAGAAAUCUUCAAAAUGUUUCCAAAGGACAUGCCGUACCACCGCUCCCAGUUCAAGAGAUGUGCAGUGGUUGGGAACGGAGGAAUCCUGAAGAACAGCAGAUGUGGCCGGGAGAUUGACAGUGCAGACUUCGUGUUUAGAUGCAAUUUGCCUCCUAUAUCUGAUAAAUACUUCAUGGACGUUGGGGUGAAGACAGAUGUCGUGACUGUCAAUCCCAGUAUUAUCACUGAGAGAUUCCACAAGCUGGAGAAGUGGAGGAAGCCCUUCUACGACGUGCUGCAGGUGUACGAGAACGCGUCCGUGCUGCUGCCGGCCUUCUACAACACGCGCAACACGGACGUGUCCAUCCGCGUCAAGUACGUGCUGGACGACUUCGAGUCCCAGCAGGCCGUCUACUACUUCCACCCCCAGUAUCUCAUCAACGUCUCGCGCUACUGGCUCGGCCAGGGCGUGCGGGCCAAGCGGGUCAGCACCGGCCUCAUCCUGGUGACUGCUGCCCUGGAGCUCUGCCAGGAGGUGCACCUCUUCGGCUUCUGGGCCUUCCCCAUGAACCCCUCAGGGAUUUUUAUAACUCAUCACUACUAUGACAACGUGAAGCCUCGCCCCGGCUUCCACGCCAUGCCCUCGGAAAUAUUCAACUUCCUGCACAUGCACAGCAAGGGGAUCCUGCGGGUUCACACGGGGACCUGCAGCUGACGGGGGACGCCGCCAGAGCGUGGCUGGAUCUCGAUGGCCUGUGUAAGGUGUAGGAGGUUUCGUUAAGCCCCGAGAUUAUGCAAUAAUUGUUUGAUAUAAAUUUCCUCAAGGCAUCGCAUCCCGUAAGAUCUAGGAUACCAGCAUCUUUCCUGCUAGCAGAGUUGGGUCCAUAGUAGUGUAGGAGAAGCAGAACUCCUGUGCCCCAGGGUACACGCUGUCCUGGAAAGCAAAUCAGAUAAGAAGCACAUUUACAGUACAUUUAGGGAUAAAUAGAGCACAUUAAUAUAUUUGUCAUUUCACUAUGGAGAAAAGCACCAAACUUUUGAGGAAAAACAGUGGUGGAGAAUUUUAGCAUAGACUGUGUAACUUUACAUAGGUUUCUGAAUCGAGUACCUUGGGGUAUUGCCAGAUUUUACUGAACACUCUGUUCUCUGACCUUUAGGUUUUUGAAAAUACUCUUUAGCAUUAUAGCUUAAUGGGGAUAUAUAACUUAAAAUCUUUGUUCUUUAAUGUCACAAAAUGUUGAUCAAAAAUAGCAGACAGAUGUGUUAGGAAUAAACAAAAUCUCUUUGCGAAUUUUUUCAGCCAGGAUAGAAGAGAAUGUUGAACUCCCACUCACAGCAACAGGUAACUGUGAGAAUCAUGUUGUGAUAUUGUUUUAGAGAUUAUUGCUUCUUCCUUCUUGCAUCUUGCUUUUCUGUUCUCCUCUGCUGAUUGUGCUUCCUUUCUCCUUGUCUGUGAUGCUUUCCAUCUGGCUAACACAUGGCAAUGUGUGCACUUCCUCCUACAGUCACCAUCUCAGCAUCACACUGGAGUCCUUGCUGAAGAAACAAGCUCCUUCACAAGGUUUUCUUGAGAUGAAGAGCCAGGGGAUUACAUAUUUAUACUUUACAAGUUGAUUUUUUGUUCAGCAUAAGAUAGAAAAAAAUAUUUCCUCGUUGAUUUUUAUUAAAGACUUUGUAAAAGUAUCUGAUUGUUGAUUCACUGUUGUGCAGGUUGAGUUAACACUUUCAGGUAUCUGUAAUAAAUUAUUGUCAGGAAAUGAAGUUAAAAUUCAGAAAAGUUAUUUUGUGGCUUAGAUUAUGAUGCUUAUUUUAAAAUCAUGCUUCUUGAGAUGUCAAAUGUCUUUAUGUGGCGUUUUUAUAUAUAGAGAAUGUUAUUAGGAUAGUAAAAGGGCUGCUGGUGUGUUCUUCAAAGGUCAUCAGUGUAGCUCUGUCAGGUAUGCCAAGCCUAAUUCUUUGCCUGCUACAGUUGACAAAAUCCUCAAGCAGAAAAGAUGCCACAAGUUGCUGGAGUUUAUUUUGUUGUAGUAGGCUGCUGGUAUGUCUGCAUACUGGUAUGACUGCAUACACAGGAGGUGAGGUUUGCUGUUACAGCUGUGCUGGCAUAGUUAGAUGAACAGAGUUUCCCUGUCUAAGUUCUUAGUCUGAAAUACUAGGGCUGUUGCCUUGUCUUGUCUUAUGCAGAUCACGAGAUCUUUGAUCAAGGAUUUGAAGUUUAUAGUUCUGUAUGAGGGAUUUUUUUUUUUUUUUUUUUUUUUUUUUUUUUUUUUUUUUUUU